AUGACGCAUGCCAUCGCCUACUCGAACAUCGACGGCCAAGAGCAAGUGCACGAGACCAAGGUGACUUGUUCCGGGGAGGACUGCGAGACCAUGUCCAAUGAUGUCAUGCCGCAGAUCAUCCGGGUGAGAACACCGACCAAGGCCGCCAAGCCCCGGCUGUGCACAGGUUCUCCGUUCCAGGGCCCUGGCUUGGUCUGGGAUGGCUUCGACAAUUUGGCGCACCGUGUUGCCAACUCUGCGAGACGGCUCUUUGGCUACACUCCGGCAACGGACGAUGUCAGGCACGAUGAAAUCGCAAUGCCACCAGCAAACCACAAGAGUGAAGGCAUCAUGAAGUCUUACGUCUACUUCAACAACAACGGUCACGAAGAGAUGAAGCAGAUCGAGUCGCACUGCAAGGAUGGCACCUGCGUCCAGAGGACGAGAACCUUUGCUCCGCAUUCCCUGCAGGCAGUCCACCAUCCGGUGCCGCAGGCCUGA